GUAAGAUGUGUACUUUGUAGCAACUCGAUACCUUCAGUUACAACUGUUUACCUCAAUAAUUUAUUAGGCUUUCUCAAGUGUUGUCGGCGUGUUACUUUAGAUGUGCCAUAAUUUUCGUGAUCAACCGAAGACUAUUUACUCAGUCAAGGUGUUAAGUGUCUCAAAUAUCCGAGGCGUAGACGCGGAUUCCUCCACACUGACUAAAGAUGACAUCCAAAGGCUUGAAGAGGAAGUUCCCGAGCGAACCCGAGGAGGAAAUAGGCCCAGCGUGGGAGUACCAGCGGCAGAACGUGCUGGACAUCUCCAUUGAGAAGUACCAGCGGGACCUCGCCCUGGUGGAACCGAGCCUGCGGCGGUCCGUGCUCAUCGCCAACACGCUGCGUCAGAUCCAGUCUGACGAGCUCAUGCCAAACCCGGACGACAUGGACAUGUCAACCGUCAUCCCGGCCCAGUCAUCGCCAUCACUACCACCUCCUCCUUUCCAGCCCUCGGUUUCAUCACAACAGCAAAGCAAUUUCGUCCACCAGCCAUCCUUUCCCGUGGUAGCUGACUGCCCUUCGUUAAUGGAAACUGGUGGGAAUGACUGGAUGUCCACUUCGGCUGAAGAGGAGUUCUCCCUCUCCACAGCCAUAUCGUCCAUCCUGAAGGAGCUGGACGGAGAGGGUAUCCAGGAUGUUGUCAGCCAUCAUCAUCAUCACUCCACUGUUGCUCCACAGAGGACUCCCUUGGGCUCGGUAGAGAACGUCCCGGGAGUUCUUGAGAACCGGACCAGGAGCUGGUGGGCCGGGGGCCAGAGGGGAGGGGAGGAGCGUGGGAGAGGGUUUGAGGUCCUCAGUGCCCCCAGUAGUGCGGGUGUCAUGGGUGUGACCCGCACGGCGUACAUACACGACAUGGCCCUGGACAGCCUGCUGUUGGACAUGGACAUGUGUGUGUUUGACAGAGAGCUGGGUGGCCGGGCCUUCUCAAUGGUUAACAACGAGGAGCUGGUGAGAUAUCUGCCUCCUCUCUCUACGUCCAACUCUGGUGUACUUCCCUGUCCGAAUGCUAAGGACUUGCAUGAACUCGAGCACAUUAUGGAGAUUCUAGUGGAGUCCUGAGACCAUAUUGUAGGCAACUGUAAAGGAUGACAAAAAAGUUACACAAAUGGGAGAAAUGCCAAGUAUUUUAUUAUCGAGCCAUAGAUCAACAGCCCCAAUGAAGAUGCCCGUGUUCAUGUCUGUUGAUGUGGUCAGCAGAAGCACAACACUAAGAAUUAUGCACCAUGUUUCAGUGCAGAACUAAUAUUUUGUAUUUUGCUAUGUGUUUAGUUUUGUAAUUACCCCACCCACACACGUAUGGGUAUAUGAGUCAGUAAGGUGUCAUCACUACACUGCAUGAGUAGGCCUAUACUCUCAAGAAAGUUAGGCAUACAUUUACAAAAUGGCAGUCAGUUUAGAAGGGGAAACACUCUUUUCUUUUCACUGAGGGCGGUGGACAGGCAUGAAACUUAGUGCUUAUGGGCCCCUGUGUUGGUAUCCGCUUUUACAGCAAAAAAAAAAAAAAACAUCAAAGGAAUAAUUGGACAUAACCAUAGUGGUUGCAACCCUUUUCAGUAGAUUCAUAUCCAGACGACAAAAGGUACCAUGUGUUCCCUGUUUUCACUGGACACACCAAAUUCAAGGCAGCCGAUAUACUAUUCAUCAAUUGUUUUCUUUUUCAAACCCGUCGAGUGUAGGUCCUACCUCAGUGUUGCUACCAAAGUACCACUGCCUGUUGGUCUGUUUGUCUGACCCUUUAUGUAUUACAGAAAUGUAAUCGUGACUGAAGGAACUCUUAUCUUUUCUAUUGAUGGGGAAUUAUCAUAGUAGGAAGCAACACAUUUUUGAGCUGCACAUGGUGCAUAGAACGAAGUAAGUUACUCUUGAGCCUUAUGUGUAGACUGUGUAAUGACAUGAGAUUACCUGGCCUACCGUACGUGGUUGAAACAAUUUAUAUCCGUGAUCUCUUGUAAGCCUGUUGACAUUUCUUUCUAACAUUCAGUGUAAGACUUGACUUUAUAGAUAUGUUAUAUAGAUAGUUGUUUUUAUUAUUAUGUUUAUUUUCUGCAAAUGCAGUUAAAGCAAUGUUUUAUAUAUCUAGUCUAGCCUUGAUAGAUUAUAAAGAUUAAUCUAUUUCAGUUGACUUUGCCUUUAUUUUAAGUUAAUUUUGCCUUAUUCAUGUAUUUGUUGUUGCAUUUAUUUGUUGUUGUUUUUUUACAUUAAUUAUUGUAUUUUGUUCGUGGCAUUUACAACCUAUUCUCUGAUGUACCUGCCUACAUAUUUUUUUUUUUUUACCUUUACUAGUUUGGCUGUUACGUUUUGGAAAUGCACUUUGCUGUCUGGGUGACUGGGUUGGGUCAUUUUUGUAACAGAAAGAAAAACAUUUUGUACUUUGAUAUCAAAAUAUGGUAUACAGGUUAAUGAAAUUAAAAUUUAGAAAGCAUAAAUUCUAAUGGUUGCCAUUUGUAAUGGGCUGUAAUGACUUCAAUAUGUUUGUAAAAGUAUAAUGAAUUACAGUGAAUUGUUGAGAUUUAAUGUGAAUUCAAAUAAGGCUAUUUAUUUUGUACAAUACUAUCAACAAAGUGAACUCCUCAUUGCGUAGGCUAGAUUGUGAACUGCAAUGUGAUGGAAGUGAAUAUGCAUCUGUAAUACACUGUUACUGUUGCUCCUUGAAGGUGUGAGUGGGGAGAGAGUAAGCAAGGCAAAUGUUGUGCAAGUCAUACCAUACUGUAUAUGUGUGCAUUUGCCUGAGGUUAGACUGAAUGACUUGCUUUCCUCUCAGUUGCUCUCUCUCUCUCUCUCUCUCUCUCUCUCUCUCUCUCGUAUUUGCUGUGUUUGUGACUUUGCCUUAGGGGACUGAAAAAUGGUCUCUGUGAAUUAUGUCUAUGCAAACACUUCUGUUUUUUUUAAUGUAACAUCCAUAAUACAUUUUAUAAUGCAUCAUCUUUGUGCAGGGGAUUAUUUGAAUCUUGUGU